AUGGAGACGCGCAUAGUCAAGGUCUCCAGCAAGGGGAGUCUGGGUCGCUUCCGGCCAGGCGAGGGACUUGCAAGGUUGGAUCACUGGGAGGUUCAGUGCGAGGAUAAGAGUGCCCUCAAAGCCCUGGAGAAGGCAGCCCACGAGUUGAGGACCACGCCCACGCCUGUUGCAUUUCCUACUGAGACUGUCUAUGGUCUUGGAGCGGAUGCUACUCGGAGUCCUUCGGUCAAGGGGAUUUACUCUGCCAAGGGGCGACCGUCGGAUAACCCUCUCAUCUCACACGUUUGCGACUUGGAAAUGCUGCGCGAGUAUAUCGGCCAGAUUGAGGGAGGUCAAGAUCCUAUACCAAGUCGAUACAGGGCCUUGAUAGAGCGUUUCUGGCCAGGACCUUUGACCAUCCUGCUACCGAAUCCUCAACCUACAAAGCUGGCACCAGAGGUUACGGCAGGCCUCAAGACCUUUGGUGUACGCAUGCCCUCCUCACCCCUCGCCCUCUCCCUCAUCAAGCUCGCCGGUGUCCCCCUUGCAGCACCGUCAGCCAACGCCUCCACCAAACCCUCCCCAACCACGGCGCAGCAUGUCAUGGACGAUCUAAGGGGGAGAAUCGAACUCAUUCUAGACGGAGGGCAGUGCGCUGUUGGUGUGGAGAGUACCGUGGUGGAUGGACUAUGUGAUCCUCCCGUUGUCCUCCGCCCAGGUGGUAUUGGUCUGGAUGAGCUGAGAAGCUGCCCUGGCUGGGAGGGUGCAGUGAUAGCAUACAAGGACCAGAGCGAAGAGGGCAAGGCUGCACCACGAGCUCCAGGGAUGAAGUAUAAGCAUUACAGCCCCAAGGCCAGAGUGGUGCUCUACGAAUCGAGUUGCGCCAAGGGUGCGACGGGAGUGGCCUCGUCUGAGCUGGCGACUGCGACGAAUGGAGCCGUCAAUGGCCAUGCCACCAACGGCGAGAAAAAGAUGAGGAAAAUUGGAGUUAUUCGUACUCAACGGUGGAAGCAAGGAGCUGGGUUGAGAUGCGCCAGCCUUCAACGACAGAAAACAGUCGACCAAGACCAAGACUCGCCAUUUGAUGUGGUUGAGGGCGAUCUAUUGGACGAGAAUGAAAAGCCUAUUGGCAAGAUUCUGGAUAUUGAUCUUGGAAGGGAUACUGAGGGGAUCGCUCGGGGCCUCUUCUCGGCUCUCAGGGAGUUUGAUCGACAAGGCGCAGACACCAUCUUCGUCGAGGGCAUAGAGGAUAGAAUCGACAUUGCUGCGGCGGUCAUGAACCGCCUCCGCAAGGCAGCGUCAGAGAUUAGAGCAUGA